AUGAGCUGGCCCACCAGUGAACAUGCUCAAAGCAGCCCGAGAGCCAUACCGAGCAAUACGGCUAAGACCAACGAAGAGCUUGCAAAAUCAUUUCCUCUAACGGAGAGCUAUCUAAAUCCGACAUCACAAUCACAAUCCGAUUCGAUAGCGGACUCUGCUCAAGAAGCACUAAACAAACAGGCUGUGAUUUCGCCAGCCGCAGAAGCAUCGGAAACAGAGGAUGUCGAUGGAAAUGCAGCUGCAUCUAAGAUUUCUGCUUAUGCUCGCCUAGACUUUGAGAAUUAUACUUUCUUCGUACAAACUCUUCAGGUUGUACUAGGGAGAAAUUCCAAUGAGGAAAUACAAUCAUCACAACACUCUGUGGACGUUCACCUCGGUUCAAAAAAGGCUAUUUCGCGAAGACAUGCAAAGAUAUUUUACAAUUUUGGAACCCAAAGAUUUGAAAUAUCCAUUGUGGGGAGGAACGGAGCGUUUAUAGAUGAUCUGUUUGUUGAAAAAGGUAUAACACUUCCGCUUGCGGACGGCACUAAAGUUCAAAUAGGAGAUAUUCCGUUCACAUUUGUCCUUCCUACCAUAGAACCGAGCGAAGAGAACGAAAAGAAACAAAAGCCUGGGCAACUAAUAAAUCCCAGCGAUGCGAUCAACUUGCGAACCAAUUUGUACCAGUCAUCUACGUCGCCACAACGAGAGAAGAAGAAGAAAGUACAAAUCCUGAUGGAAAUGAAGAAAGACAUUGCUCGCAGAAAUUCCAAAGCAGAUAUUGUCAGACGUUUGUCGACUGCUAGACGUAAAUCGAACGCAACCACAAAUGAUGAGAUCAAUGCAUUGCUCAAGGAACUUGAGGAGCUUGAAGGUGAAAAUGGUGAGGAGUUUGAUCCAGAUUCGUUGGAUGAAGAAGUCCGCGAGCUAUUAGCACAGCAGAAUUCUAAGAACUUAACGGAAGAGCAACUAGAGAAAGAAGAAGUUGAAAUCGAUGAAUUGGUGAAACAGCAUAAUCUUCAACAAGGAGUCCAUCUUGAUGAACCUGAAACAGCACAAGCUAAGAAACAUACAACUUCUGUGACUAAACCGGAUGUCGAUAUUGACAUUCACAUGCUUGACCAAGAGAUUGCCACUCUAGCGCCUUUGAUCGACGCACAUAACGAAGUUUUAGGAAAAGAUAAAGAAGGUGAAUUGAAAGAAUUGGAAGAGAGAAAAAAAUUUCUCGCCGCAAACGGAUACUCCCUACAAUCAAAGUACAGCUUCCCCAACUCGAGCAAUGCUUCGUUUUAUGAUACAAACACGGAGCUUCCUCUUCGCACUGCUCCUCUUAUGGGCAAGCCUGCCUCAGGUCCUCGAAUGGGAAAACCAGCCACAAUCCAACCUCCAGCUAAUCGUGUUUAUGGUAGACAGCCUACUACUAUGGGGCAAACCAAUAGUCCUUAUCCUAGUGCAUAUCCAUUGAAUGCAUCACCAUAUUCGACGUAUAAUAGCUAUAUUGGUGGAGCUAAUACGUCGUUGUAUAACCCGAUGUUAACGAGACCACCACCACCGAAAUUGGAAGUUCUCGUUGAGACUAUAACCAGAAUUCCUACCAUAAGCUCAAUAGUACCUUUUAAGGCUAUUACGUCAACUUUCGAUUCAUUUGAAAAGGCGCCUAUUUGUGUAUUCAAAUCUUUAGAUCCACCUUCUGCAGUUCCAAAAAUACCAAUAAGGCGCAAAGACGGACUACCUCGGAAACCACCUCGUGUUCAAAGCUUCAAAGAGGUCCCUGACCAAUUCAAGAGCAAGCCCUCAAUCAAUAUUCUGGCAAUGGUAACGGCUGUUCUAAAGCGGAAAGAUAAAAAGGGCUAUACCUUAGGAGAAAUUCACGAGGGUAUCAAAGAAUUAUUUCCUUAUUACAAAUUCUGUCCAGACGGGUGGCAGUCUAUGGUCACACAUAAUGUGAGAUUCAACCAGAUUUUCAAGAAGGUGUCUUCAACAGGACCUGAAUCUGAAUGGCUCUGGCAAAUUGACGAAGAAUAUAUACUCGAGAAAGAAAAAGUCAGAAAGCGGCAACAAGAGCUUGCCGUAUCGAAGGCGAAAGAAGCGGCAUUGAAGGCGGUUGAGCUCCGUCAAAGGCAAAGAUUGGACGUGCCGCAAUACAAUGCUCUCGGUCGGACUUACAUGAACGGAGAAACAGCAUAUGGUUCGCGAUAUUCAUCACCUACCCCUACCAGUAACUAUAGCCUUCAAAGGCCAAAGUCGAUCGCUGAGCUUGCCAGUGAAAUAAAGAGAGAUGGAACGUACUCGAGUGGGAAGAGCCCAGCCUACUUCCAUGGGCAAUCGUCGCUGUACAAUUCCACGAUACUGACUCCAGAACCAGAGCGGCCAUCUGGAACUACUAUAAAAGAUCAGCUAGCCGCAAAUCGUGCACGAGCGUCUGUAUCUCCUUCUCCGAAUCCCGUAUCGCAACUGGGCUCUCCUCCACCAACUUCUCUUCCUGCAAUGAAUGCAGACACCAAGAAGUCAUUGACAUACUUACAAAAGGAGCUUUUCACGUUGUACAAAGCACGAAAACUCUCCUACAAUACGGCGGUGACGACAGAAAUUAUCACCAAGGCGCUAGCCACAACAAUAGCACAAGUGAACAUCAUUGGAUCGAAAGCUGGUUGUGGAGACAACGCAUUGAGUUUUUUGGUGGAGAAGGCUCCACAACAGGUGAGCAAGAUUUUAGACAUCGCAUUAACAAAGUCUAUCAAAGAGAAACAGGCUGCUACGUCUAAGUUACCAAGCCUAGACCAGUCACCACAAUCUACACCCGGUCCUAGUACACAGCGAACAGUUGAAACCAAAAUCGAUACGAGCUCGACAAAUACAGAGAGCUCAAAAAUGAAAGACACAAGCGGGCUAUCAAAACCUCCUAGUUUCAGUCCAGGCCUCAGCCGGCCAACAUUCUCUGGGAAACCGCUGGGUUUGGCCAAGCCAGGUGCAUUGGCCAAGCCUCCACAGUUCAUUUCGAAUAAGCCAAAGCGCCCAACAGAGGAUGCCGAUGAGCCGAAAAAAAUGCCUCGUUAUGGUGACUAG